ACUAAAUCCAUUCAUUAACUAGUGACGUCAUGGCGAAUGUGGGCGUGUGAAUAUGGCGGCGCUCGUGAUGAGAGUUAGUCCAGGUCCUUUCGCUUUUGCUCGGGUUCACCGACCCGCUCUGCGCUCCGUUUCUGCCGCAAUACUCAAAUCCGUCAGUGUGUCUGCCACACAGUCACUCUCAUUCCCAGAGAGGGUGAAGAUUGUAGAGGUUGGACCUCGAGAUGGACUUCAGAAUGAGAAGACCAUUGUUCCCACUGAGGUAAAGAUCCGUCUGAUUGAUAUGCUCUCAGAAGCAGGACUUCCUGUCAUUGAAGCCACAAGUUUUGUUUCACCUAAAUGGGUCCCUCAGAUGGCUGAUCAAGAGGAAGUGAUGCGUGGCCUCCACAAGAAACCUGGCGUGAACUACCCUGUCCUGACCCCUAAUCUGAAGGGAUUCCAGGCUGCUAUGAAGGCUGGUGCAAAAGAGGUCGCAAUAUUUGGUGCUGCAUCAGAGCUCUUCAGUAAGAAGAACAUCAACUGUUCAGUGGAUGAGAGUCUUGUGCGCUUUGAAGAGGUGGUGAGAGCAGCCAAACAAGAGGGAGUUCCUGUGAGAGGCUAUGUGUCAUGUGUGCUGGGUUGUCCAUAUGAAGGGAAGGUAUCACCAACCAAAGUGGCAGAGGUUGCUAAGCGAAUGUAUUCCAUGGGCUGCUAUGAGAUUUCACUUGGCGAUACUAUCGGAGUGGGCACUCCAGGUGGCAUGACAGAGAUGUUGGAUGCCGUGAAGAAAGAGGUUCCCGUCGAGGCUUUAGCAGUUCACUGUCAUGACACUUAUGGACAAGCACUUGCUAACAUACUUGUAGCAUUACAGAAUGGGGUAAGUGUCGUGGACUCAUCUGUUGCAGGGCUGGGCGGCUGCCCUUAUGCCCAGGGGGCUUCUGGGAAUGUUGCAACUGAAGAUGUGGUCUAUAUGCUGCAUGGACUGGGAAUCCAUACAGGAGUGGACCUGCCCAAACUGUUGGAUGCUGGCUCAUACAUCUGUCAUUCACUCAACAGAAGGACAAAUUCAAAAGUUGCUCAGGCCUCCUGCAAGCUCUGAAGUCUUCUUUCUCUUCAUCGUGGUUAUAGUCUCUGGUAUGAUGACAUUACUCUUUUGGAAGUCACACCAUGUUACCCCUUAGUAUGUAGUGAUUUUUUUUUUUAAUUUAUAGAAUCUUUUAAAUAAAUAUCUCUAAACAGUGGAGCUGGACAUCGUGGAUGAGGAACAUUCUCUACUGUGAAUGUUUGAAUGAGGCGAGUGAUGAAAAGGGCACUUGUGAGCUCAUAUCACCCAAUAUAUUUACAACCAGACGGACCUAAGCUGUUCUCUUGUGCCUUGAUUUCUGAUGAUAUUGCCUAAAGGCAAUAAAAUCUAGAAUGGGACAGAAUUUGACUGCAGAAUAUUAUGAAUGAUAUCUAGAUGCAAAUGUCUUGCUGGUUAGUUUGCAUCACAUUACUAAUCUUGAUUAGAAUAUUUGUUUAUUAAUGUAUCAUAGAAUGAGACGUCACAAACGUGACCCUGGAACGCAUAACCAAUCUUAAGUGUCAAUUUUCCUAAAUUGAUAUUUGCGCAUCACCUGAAAGCUGAAUAAAUAAGUUUUCCUUUGAUGUAUGGUUUGUUAGGAUAGGACAAUAUCUGUCCGAGAUACAACUAUUUGAAAAUCUGGAAUCUGAGAUUUAAAAAAUCUAAAUACUGAGAAAAUCACCUUUGAAUUUGUCCAAAUGAAUUCUUAGCAAUGCAUAUUACUAAUCAAAAAUUAAGUAUUGAUAUAUUUAAAGUAGGAAAUUUACAAAAUAUCUUCAUGGAACAUGAUCUUUACUUAAUAUCCUAAUGAUAUUUGGCAUAAAAGAAAAAUCCAUAAUUUAGACUCAUACUAGACUCAUGAUCUCAAUGCCAGUCUUGACAAAAAGACUGAUCAUACAAUGUUUUUUUGCCUAUUGCUAAAAACAUACCCCAGCGACUUAAGUUUUGUGGUCCAGCGUCACGUAUUGUUCUAUAUUCGAUAUCCCCGUUUUUGUGUCCGUGAAUGCUUUGAGUCAUUUUGAGACGGAAAUAUCUGUCAUUACCAGACAAAUGAAUUUCUACACUGGUAUUCAUAACAAACCCAUUAUAAUGAAAAGGCUCUCACGGAACUUCAGAUACAAAAAUAACACACCAUUAUAACUGCUGAUUAAUUUAGUUUCUUUCCAGGAAAAAACAUGAAUAAUUUGAGUGCUUUCUGUGCGAUAAGGAACAUACCUUUUCAUUUCCUUUAAUUUAUUGUUGAGACAUGUCUUAUGGGUUUAUUACAGCUUAUUUUUUCUCUUUGUGUUGUUAACUGGCAUUAUUGAAUGAUUGUAUUUAUUUUAUUUUAAUAAGAUAUAAUUACUUGCACACUUCACUCUUUUUUUUUAUUUAAUAAGAGAUUGUUAAUUUUAAUGAUUAAAGACAAGAUGAUGAGAAAUGUGAAUUUUUGUGUUCUUAUAAAUGCAGUACGCCAAACCUCUUUUUCAGGUUCACUUUUACCUGUUAGUCCGACAACUGAACUUUUCAUAAUAGUAACACACCUAAAACUGGAUCCUUCUCACUUACCCUCAUUCUUAUAUGCAAUACUUCUGUUAUCUGUUAAAAGCUGAUUAACUGGAUCAACAAGUUUUCUGCGCAUUAUGUUUGACAUCAUAUACCCACACUCAAAAACCUUUUACAAACUCAUGCAUGACUAAGAAGAAAAAAAAGCUAUUUAGAAGUAAAUGAUAGCUUUUGUACUUUGAUCAGACAGAAUGUAACAAUCUGUUAAUGCAAGGCUGUGCAUUAACAUUAAUAAAAAAAGUUUCUAUAUUAAUAUCUCUUUGAACAAAUAAGCUGUACAUUGAGUAGGCCUUAUGAUACAUUCCAGAGAUUUGAUCCAUUCAGAUGCUAACUAUAAUAGCAAAUGAACAUGUUACAUGGUAGAAUCCCACUACAAAUCAAAGGUUUGGGAUCAGUACAUUUUUUUUAAUGUUUGUGAAUGAAGUCUCUUAUGGUCACCAAGGCCAUUGGUUGCUGAUUUGGUGCUCAAGAAACCUUUCUUAUCACAAUUGAAAAUAAUUAAAUAGUGCAGUGUUGUUUUGAUGAAAAGAAAGCUCAAAGAGCAUGUAUUUGGAAUAUUUUUGAAGCAGCAGUCACUUUUGAUAAAUUUAAUGCAUUUUUUCCAAAUAAAUGUAUUAAAAAUGUUAGUGAACGCUUCGUGAAAGAUUUGUAUAAGUGUAUAAGGAUAAGUGUAAAUUGGUCACUAUUUUAAUAAGUUCUGACAAAGGAUAAUACAAUAAAUAAUGAUUUUCA